AUGAUGAAGGCCGUUCAUAAUUCUGCAAUGCAAGAGGAAAUUGACGCAGGACUGCAGAUUAAAGGGCAAGAUGAACUAAUAGGUAAAGAAGGAUUCUUCAAGAAACCGGGAAUUCGAAAAAUGGCAAAUAACGUAGUUAAUUCUCAUAGUCUAACGGGUUCAAUGAUUCCGAGUAACGUUUUAGUUAACGAUUUUAGCAAAUUUGAAUGCAGAACUGAAUUUAACGAUAGAAUUAAAGAUAUCAAUGUUAGUGUGGAAGGAUCAAAAGGUAAAGGAGAAGUUGUCGAAUCGGAAAAUGAUGAAGAAUUGAAUGGGAACAAAAAACGUGUUGUAAAAACCCAUGGCAGUAAGGAAGAUUAA